AAGCCAGCAGAGGAGGAGGUAGUCGGGUUUGGGCUGCGGGAUACCCUAAAACAGGGGACCAGGGAUCCCCUACAGGCAACGGGACACCCUCAAUCUGUGCUCUGGGAUACAGCAGUGGAAGAUCUAAACAACCACCCAACUCUACCCCAGGAUUUGCAAGCUGCAGGACAGACACUCUCUAUCCAAGACCUGCACCCCCCCUGUCCCCUCAAAGGCUGCCCUGGCGACCAAGAGCGCAGAGUGGCGACUAAUGUGACAGUAGGACAGGCAAAGGGUGACAGCUGCAGAUUAAGCAGAGAUUGUAUAAGGAGGGUGACACGGACACACUGCGAGGUCCCCAGGAUGUGACAUGGACCACUAAAACUCUGGGAUCUGACCAGCACUGAAGUCCACCUACAGCCUGAGCCCAGAAGGCAGCACCUAGGAUACAGCAGAUACAAUGCCAGACUCACCGGCUGAUGUGAAGACACAGACUCGGACCACCCCACCCACUAUGCCCCCACCCUCACCUGCCCUGAGCCAAGGGGCCAAUCGCAGCUUUUCCUUCACACCAAGCACAAUGAUGAACGGAAGCAGCCAUUCUCCCACCGCAAUAAAUGGAGCUCCUUCUACCCCCAAUGGCUUCAGCAACGGACCUUCUGCCUCCUCUUCAGCUGCUCUAACGAAUCAACAGCUUCCCCCGGCAUGUGGGGCACGACAACUCAGCAAACUAAAGCGUUUCCUUACUACGUUGCAACAGUUUGGCAGUGACAUCUCUCCGGAGAUCGGGGAGCGCGUGCGAGCACUGGUGCUGGGACUAGUGAAUUCCACACUGACCAUUGAAGAGUUCCAUUCAAAGUUACAGGAAGCCACAAACUUCCCUCUCCGACCCUUUGUCAUCCCAUUUUUAAAGGCUAACCUCCCACUGCUUCAGCGAGAGCUCCUGCACUGUGCCCGCUUAGCAAAGCAGAGUCCAGCACAGUAUCUGGCACAACAUGAAAAGCUUCUCCUCGAUGCCAGCUCCUCAAGCUCUCCCAGUGACUCUUCUGACCUCCUCAUGGAGGUGAAUGAAAAUGGCAAACGACGGACUCCUGACAGGACAAAAGACAGCACGCAGGAUGGCCUGCACCCAGAGCAUCUCACCAAGAGGCCGUGCACCACAAGCCCAGCACAGAGAUACAGCCCUAGCAAUGGACUGCCUCACCCUUCCACUAAUGGAGUCCCCCACCCCACUCCACCCCCCACUCAGCAUUACCGCCUCGAGGAUAUGGUGCUGGCUCAUCACUACCGACACACAGACCCCCGGGAAUUACGAGAGCGACACCGGCAGGCAGCUGUACAUGAGGUAAUCGAUCACAGGCUGACAGAGCGCGAGUGGGCAGAGGAGUGGAAACAUCUAAACAAUCUCUUGAAUUGUAUAAUGGACAUGGUCGAGAAGACACGGCGUUCGCUGACCGUCCUACGACGCUGCCAGGAAGCUGACCGCGAAGAGCUCAAUCACUGGAUACGACGUUACAGUGAUGCUGAAGACAUGAAAAAAACAGUCAGCUCCACAGCACAGCCAUCUCGACAUCAAAGCAGCUCUUCUAGCACAGAGUCCUCGCCGGCAGAAAGCUCUCGGGACUUCUUGCACAGACCACAGGCUGGGUACAUGCCGGAAGAGAUCUGGAGGAAAGCAGAGGAGGCGGUGAACGAAGUGAAGCGGCAGGCUAUGUCAGAACUGCAGAAAGCGGUGUCGGAAGCAGAGCGGAAGGCUCACGAACUCAUUACGCUGGAGCGUGCCAAAAUGGAGAGAGCACUGGCAGAAGCAAAGCGCCAGGCAUCAGAGGACGCAGUGUCUGUCAUCAACCAGCAGGAGGACUCAAGUGAGAGUUGCUGGAACUGCGGGCGGAAAGCAAGUGAAACAUGUAGUGGCUGUAACACCGCACGGUACUGUGGCUCCUUUUGUCAGCACAAAGACUGGGAGAAACAUCACCACGUAUGUGGGCAGUCCUUGCACAACACGCCCAAUGCACCUCCAGCUCCUACAACCCCAACAACCCCUUUAGCCAGCCCCACCGCGAGUAGCUCUGCAUCCCGCUCUGGAACUCCUGCCACCCCACUUCUCCUGGAUACUGCCUCCCGCUAAUCAAGCUGUAGGAACCACAGAAUCCUAAGAAGGACAAUAAACAGCCACGACUACUCUCAUCCAGAUCUGCCUGGUUCACACAGUUUGGGGGGUGGGCGGGUGGAGGGGACUUGGAGUCAAAGACAAUGCCCGUCAAGACUUCCCCUGCCCCCUGUUGUGUCUGCAGUUGGGUGGGUGUGCCAAUGGCUGUUUGGAUUUAAUCCAGGAAUUCCUAAAAAUGACUUUUAGCAGCUGUGGGAAAUGGUCUUACAAAGAACCUCUAGCAGUAGUCAGAGUCCUUGUGAAGGACACCUGACCCGAAAGAAAACCGAGUAGGGGAAGUAUUUAAUUUACAACGGCUCUGAACUUUUUUGGCUUUAAAACAAAAAUAGAAUCCAAAAAUAAAAGUAUGAAGAAAAAAAAAAAAAAAACAGAAAUAUACAAAUGAAACUACCUUGCUAGUCAGCCAAGAAAUGUCUGAUACCAAGAACACCUCUAAAAUGAAUCCCAAAAAAACAAAUGAAGGAAAAAUAAAUCCAAAUCCAAACAAUGCGAGCCCUGCCAAAGCCCUGACCUGUUGAAUAAAAGUAGAGGAGACUCUGUGGGGAUUGCGGGCACUCCGCAUUCUGGGGUCUUGUAGCUACACGGGCCCAGUAAAAUGAAGGAAAAGGGGCUGCUGAAAUCUUUCCUCAGAAGCCUCCUCCAGAGAGAUUACUUCACUUACAGCACCAUUUGUAUCUUCCUCCUCUACCUCUCCUACCGCAGAUAUCUAGUGACAUGCCAUUGUGAAUGAGCCUCACUCCUCUAUUCUGCUGGGAUCUCGCAACACACAACUCUUUUCUUCUAAUGAAUUGUCCUGGAGGGAACAACAAAUGGCAACUGGAGGUAUAUAAUCUGUCCUAUGCAGAUAGGCAAACAAUGAGAAAACUUGCGAAUGGGUCAAUAUUCCGAACCCCAGCUUUACUGCUCCUCUGAAAAUGGUGAAGCUCUGAUAUGGAUUUAGGGUGGAGGGCAAAUACUUCUGGGAGGUUUAAAUGGGCAGCCACAACCAUCUUAUCACUUUGGGCAAUGGUGGGAAAUGAUAUCAGAACCCCCUACGUUCAUGCAGACUUUAGCCUAUCUUUGUGGAAGAUUGUACAGAUUUUUUUUUUCUAUUUAUAAAUACAUAUAAAAGAGUACCCAUGUAGGGGACAUGCGUGCAAUAUGAAAAGUGCAAAGCUACUGACAGUUUGGGGGAGGUGACGGCAAACUUAGCAUUAACACCAUACAGAAAGAAAAUGUAGCAUUGGAUCACGAUCAAGCCUUUAUUUCAGCAACAUGAUUUCCAGAUAACCCUAAAUAAAAAUAAAAAAUUAUAUUAAAAACACAACACAUGAUGUCCAUAAAAAAAUAUAGUGAACUAGGAAGAAAUAUGUUCUCUAUGAAGAUUGGUGUGAUAAAGCAUUUUCCAUGUAUAUGGAACCCCAAAACAAUAGUAUAAUAAUACCCCAAAUAUCAGAGAUCUAGGGGACCACCCACAGAAUCCCAAGUUUUAGAAAUGUUUACUUAAUCUUCACCAUUUGCCCGGAUUCCCAAACUAAGUCCAGUUGCCUUCCAAGGGGAACCCAGUAGAGAAGCUAGCCAUGUGAAUUGCUACCAAGUGUACCAAUAUAAUUUUAGUCCUACGUUUAGCUUUUAUAUUUUACUUCUGUGCCAUCAGCCAAACAUCACAACAGUCCCAGGGUCAUUGGGACAGUCUAGGCUCCUGUUCCACCAUCCUAGAUUUGAAAUCUAGUCUCAAACUUUGAGGAACACUGUACAAAUAUCCACCAUAAGUGAAGUGUGAACUCAUAAUUAGGCAAACAGUGCAGACCGAAGUUAGAGUAUUAAGCCCACAUAAAAUCACUGCAACAGCACUCUGUACAAGGGCUACCCUGAGUAUGGUGCACAACAAUCCCUUUUGGGGUGGUGCUUGUCUUUUACGAGAAAUACCUCCCAAUAAGAAGUAGGGCUGUGCAGUAUAGAAGCAAAAUCUGACUACAUUGAUGACAACAUUGAUAUGCAGCAUCCCACAGUACCUAUCACGUGGAUGCACACUUGACACUAUCACAGCAUCCAUCUUUGAUAAGGGGAGUCUGGUUUUCAAACGAUACAUUUGCUAGUGAAUUUGCUAGCACAACAUUCACAUUUCAAUUUUUUUUUUUUUUAAGUGAGAAACACGUAUAAUGAUUGCAUCCAAAAACUCAAAUCAAAAGUCCUUGGGUACUUACCUGCUAAACCUACAGUACAUUUACUAUAGUUAAUCAUGGGAUUUUGCAAAACAGGUGCAUUAUCCCUUGGAAGUGUUGAGCAAUUACUGUUAAGCACCCCGUGAGAGGUAUUAAAAGUCUAGGAAAUGUGAGACACCAAAGAGCCUGUGUUGUAAUGGGUGCAGGAGGUAAAUUCAGCCCAAUUAAUAAUUUACUAACCCAAACGUUAUUUAAGUAAAGGUUUACAUAACUUGAUACAAUUUCACUUAUUCAAAACGACAUUGUACUUUUUCACUGGGGGAAACAAUUUUCCAUCACACUCUUGACAUCCUGUUACAUCUUAACACAGUUCUCUGCUCAGGAAGCACCUGUAAGAGCAAGUGUAAACAAAAGUAGUUUCCCCCAACUUUAAAAAACAAACAAACAAACAAACAAAAAAAGAAUGUAAUUUCAUAUCUUGCAUUCGGUCAGGGAAUGGAAAUUUUCAAGGAUAUUUCUUGUAAGUUACAAAAUUUAUUUUAGCUACUAUUUCACCUAAACAUUGUUUUGUGCUGAGCUUGUCAUUCAUUGAUCCACAGAGGAGGGAGUUUAAUUUAUUUCUAUUUGUAUGUAUUAUUAUGACAAAGACCUAAUAUAUAAAAGUAUUUGGGGUGUGUAAUAUGGCAAACAGCUUCAGUGAUUUCAGAGAGUUUUACACAAUCUGACUUCCAGUGUUUUACAGUGUAACAAAGUGCUGUCUAUCUUGUGAUGCGCCGAUUUCUCUUGGCACACAUUCUGGUUAAUUUCUUGGUACAGUCAAAAGGUUUGCACACCUUUCCUUUCAACGUAGUUUACUCUUCUCAUUGAAGCCAGUCUUUUUUUUUUUUUUUUUUUUUAAAUAUACAUAUAUAAAUAUAUUUCUAUGUAAACACAAUUGUUCUGUGUUGUAAAAUAAAUCAUUUUGUCCACAUGUCGCCAUAUUAAAUUUGGAUUUUGGGGAUUUAGAGACACCAGGACCAUUGACCUCAACUUGGACUGAUCUGAGCAACUGCCAAUGUAAGUUCUCCCACGCUACCUCCAACUAACUUCACCGCCCGCAGUGGAAGUACAGACUUGUAAAGUUGCGCUUCACCUUCAAACCAAAAUGCGACCAUGGAAGAGGAUUUGGAUCUUCUGGACAAACUCUGUCCCUGAUAUAAAAAAAAAUAAAAAAAUAAACAGCUUUAAAUAUAAUCUUCCAAGGGUCAAUGAACAGAGACCUCACAUUUGGGGGCCUCUUUUUUUGUAUCCCAAGAGGUUGUAGCUUUAAAGAUGGCGGUGCCCAUUGUUGACCCGGCUCCGCAGUACUUCUUCCC